UGAUUUCACUACUUCACACAGCUGAGAUAGACAACAUUUGAAUGAAUGCGCAAAAUUUGCCACUAGUCGAACGCAGACAUUGAACGGUGUGACUUGCCUAUUGUUUUCGAGUUUGUUAAAAUAGUUGUGUGUGUGUGAUAUUUCGAAUACAAAAGGUGAAAAAAAUGUCGGCAACGGGACUGCUCAAGCUACGGCCGAAUGUCGUGAAAUCAUUUUUUAGAACAUACAAAGCCUCUGGCAUUCCGGAAUUGACGCAGGUGCGUCAUAAUGUGAAACGUGGCGAUUAUGCCAAACUAGAAGGCAAGGACAUAGCAUUCUUCGAGUCCAUUGUGGGCAAAAAUCAUCUUGUGCAAGAGGAUUUGCAGGGCUACAAUGUGGAUUUUCUGCGUAGUGUGCGGGGUGACAGUCAACUCGUCUUGCGUCCCAGCUCCACACAGGAAGUAUCCGCCAUAUUGAAAUACUGUAACGAACGGAAAUUAGCUGUUUGCCCACAAGGUGGCAACACCGGUUUGGUCGGUGGUUCGGUGCCGGUUUGUGACGAAAUUGUCUUGUCGCUGGCGCGUCUCGAUAAGAUUCUCCAUAUCGAUGAGAUCACUGGCAUAGCGGCUUGUGAAGCCGGUUGUAUUUUGGAGAACUUGGAUUUGAAGGCCCGCGAUUUGGGUUUGGUGGUGCCACUCGAUUUGGGCGCCAAGUCCAGCUGUCACAUUGGUGGAAAUGUGUCGACAAAUGCCGGCGGCUUGCGUGUGCUGCGCUAUGGCAACCUGCAUGGCAGCGUGCUGGGCGUGGAAGCGGUUCUUGCCAAUGGUGACGUGCUGGAUUUAAUGUCAGACUUCAAAAAGGAUAACACCGGCUAUCAUCUGAAACAUCUCUUUAUCGGCUCUGAGGGCACACUCGGUGUGGUGACCAAGGUUUCCAUGUUGUGUGCGCCACAGCCACAAGCUCAGCAUGUCGCCUUUUUGGGUCUACCCUCCUUCGAUGAUGUGCUUAAGACCUUCCGCAAUUCCCGACAAUUUUUGGGUGAAAUUCUCUCAUCUUGUGAAAUGGUCGAUGCCAGUUCCUUGGCUGCCAGUGUUAAUCACUUUAAACUCAACUCCCCAAUUGAAGGCUAUCCCUUCUACAUGUUGAUCGAGACUUCCGGCAGCAAUGCUGAGCAUGAUAUGGAGAAAUUCAAUCGUUUCCUCGAAAAUGGCAUGGAGAAGGGCGAAAUCAUUGACGGCACCAUCACCGGAGAAGUGGGUAAAAUGCAAGAGAUCUGGAAGUUGCGCGAACUGGUGCCCGUUGCGUUGGCGGAGGAUGGCUUCUGCUUCAAAUAUGAUAUCUCCUUGCCGCUGCGUGAAUUCUAUCACAUUGUCGAGGUGAUGCAAGAACGUGUGGGAAAUUUGGCGACACGGGUUUGCGGUUAUGGACAUUUGGGUGAUUCCAAUUUACAUUUGAAUAUUUGCUGUCCCGAAUUCACACAAGAGAUCUACAAAUGCAUUGAACCCUACGUCUAUGAGUACACGUCGCAAGUGAAGGGCAGCAUUAGCGCAGAACAUGGCAUCGGUUUCUUGAAGAAGAACUAUUUGAAAUACAGUAAAAGUCCAGCGGCCAUUUCGAAAAUGCGUGAGAUGAAGCAACUUUUGGAUCCCAAAGGCAUCUUGAACCCAUACAAAGUGCUGAACUGAGUUGUGAUUUCUUAAACGACACUGAUGACCUUUAACCUCUUAUAUUUAAAUAAUAUAAUAUAAAUAUAAUGUUAUACAUAAAUGUUACAUGAAACAUUGUCAUAUAUACUUUAGAUAAGUUUCAAUUUUAAAGUUUCCUAAAAAUAAAACUUGUUUCAAAAUGUG